AUGAGAUCAGUUAUACACGUUAAUGAAAAUUUUUCUCUUGAGUGGACUUUAUCUCUGUCAAACGUUGGGUCUUAUUUAAGUAUUGAUGACAUAUUGUCUACGAACCAAAGAUUACCUUGCCGUGUACGUUCACCACCUCCUAAACUCGCUUCUUUGUUAAGUGGUUCUUUACCAUCAAGCACAUUACGCAAAGAUCAAAAAGAUGCAGGAGACGUUGAAAUAUCGCCAGGCGCUAAAGUGGAGGUGCCAUUUUGGCUUCUGAAGUCUGCAGGUAAUAGCGCUCGACAUAUUUUCCAAAUGGAUCUUCCUUCCAUUUACCAAGAGAGUUAUCGAGAAGUUUUUGCUGCCAAUGCAUGGGUUGUGGAUCUUCGGAAGAAAAGUCCAUAUUUUUAUUCAUUUUGUUGUCAUCUGGCUAAGCUUUCUUUAUCGGAGAUUCCUGCAGUUCUUUCUACGCUUGAGGAAACUUUUAAGCAUCGUUUAAUAAAUCUCAUGGAAUCCGCUCUCAACGCUAACAAGGGGUCGAUGCUUUCACUAACGGCAAGAUUAGAAGAAUUAGAGCAAGCUUUAUUCCGGAUAGGUCGCAAUGGGCGUAACAGUAUUGAUCAGUGGUUCUCGCGAAUGCACGAGCGGCUUGAGGCUUCCAGUGUCGGCAAGGACGUACAUAUCCAUUCCCAAAAUGAUGAUGUCGAGGAGGCGGGACCAGAAGCACCAUCUGCCAAAAGAAAACGUCUAGGUCAAAAUGUGGAAGGAAACUAG